CUCAUCAUCAGGAGUCACACACGACAAGGCAUCAUGUUGAAGGCACUCCUAACUGCUGCCCUCGUGGCUCUUGUCACAGCCGACAGCAUUCCAGACUUCGUAGCUCCUGGAACUUGUGCCAAAGUGGCAAAUCAAAACAACUUCGACCUUCACAGAUAUGCUGGUCGCUGGUAUCAGGUCCAGAUCAUCGACAUCCCCUACCAGCCAUACACUCGCUGCAUCCACUCCGACUACGACUACUCUGACUCUGUCAACGGCUUUAGGGUAACCACAGCUGGAUUCAGCCCCAACAACGAAUACAUCAGACUGCAGGGCAAGAUCUACCCCACAAAAGACUUCCCACCUGCUCACAUGCUUGUUGAUUUCCCUUCUGCUUUCGCCGCUCCCUAUGAAGUGAUCGAGACUGACUACGACAGCUACUCCUGCGUGUAUUCCUGCAUUGGCACGGACAACUACAAGUCCGAGUUCGGCUUCGUCUUCUCCCGUACUCCUCAGAAUUCCGCUUCGGCGAUUAGCAGGUGCGCCUCCGUCUUCCGCAGGAACGGCGUCGACUUCUCCCUUUUCAGUGCAGUUCCUCAUACAUCCGAAUGUGUUUACAGGGCAUAGACCUGUACUUAAGAUCUCCACAGUAAUAAAGUAAAGCUGUCA